GUUGGAAGCGUAUAGUUGGUCUGCGUUCGGAUUCCCCCUAAUUUCGGUGAAUUUUCAGUGCUAUUAAGCGGAAAAGUGAGUGAUUUGCAUGCAAAAGCAGUGCGGAAAACGUGUACUAGUAUCAUCCAGUGGGUGGACUUUGAGCCGUGGUUGGGCGAUUUUUGAAUUCGUGACACGCCGUGCUAAAUCACUACGACCGUUGGGGAGGAACACAAGCAGCGCCAAAGCGCACACUGCACUCCAAUCAUCGUGGAGUGAGUGAGCGAACGAGCGAGGAUUCCUCGAUCCGGUCGAAGUGUGGACGGGAGAGAACGAAGGAGCGAAGACGAAAAGAAGGUCUUGCUUUUCCACACCGUGUGGUGCUGCGCUUCUGCUUCUUGUUUUGCUCUGUGGUUGAAGGGGGAGAGCGAAAAUUCUGCAUAUGCAAUAGUAGCAGCAGCAGCAAUAACAACAAAGCACAAUAACACAAGCGAAAGCGCGAACGAGAGGGAGAGAGAAAGAGCGAUGUGAAGCGAUUCAUCUUUUAUACGUUUUUCUAAUCAACAAAGUUUUUUUUUGUUUUGUCCAGAGUGAGCAACGCGAGAGAAACAGAUUUUUGAAAUCCAUCAUUUGUGCUUUGCAUGACGCAACGGGUAAGCGCGCAAAACAUCUCUCGCGUUCGUUACACUAACAGCAGUGCGAUAUUUGGGCGGCGGUUUAUCUGAGCGCGCCGGACUAUUGAUGGAAGACGCAGGAGUAGAGGGAGAAGCAGGUGGUGGUGGAGGAGGUGAUGAACAGCAGCAGCAUCAACAGCAUGCUUUCGCUGCCGUACGCAAUGAAGGCGGGCAACAACAGCCGCAGCCGCCACCGCCACCACUGCCGCCGCGAUUGCAUGGCAAUAAGAAACAGAACAAGCAUUUCUCGCGGCAGCAGAAUAAAAACAAAAAGUGGAAACUGAAUAAAUUCAAGAAAAAGCAACGGGAUAACGGUGGGAAGAAAAAGGAACAGCUCAAAGGAGGGCUGGAUUGUGGGCUGCUGGUUGGAGGAAAAUGUGAAGAAAAGCCUCUCCAAACGGCUCCAAACGGAGGAGGAGCAAUGGAGUCAAAACAGCAGCAGAGCGGAGGGAAAAAUAAACACUCGAACAAAAACUCCUUGAACAGCUUGAUGCAGGUUAGAAAUAAGCGUCUACAGGCGGUCGCAAAAUUCUUUUUGCCAGAUAAACGUCCCAGAAAGGAUUGCAUUAUCCCGCCGACAAAAUUUCUCCUCGGAGGAAACAUCUCCGAUCCACUGAAUUUGAACAGUUUGCAGAACGAGUCGGAAAAUGCCGUCACUCCCAAGUCAUCUCCGAUCCCCACGCCUCCACAUUACAAGAACAAAAUAGAGGUAAUUAUUCCGCCGAACAUCAAUGAUCCGUUGCAUCUGUUGGACCCGGUGGAUUCGGUUGAGUACGAGAUGCAGCUUUGCUCACCGAUGAAGAGAAAACAGCGAGCUCGAAAUAAGCGAAAGAGAAAACUAAAAUCUGACAAAAACAAUCAGAGUAUCGACAAUAGUAGCGUUGGAAACGCCAGUGGGCAGCUGUCCACUAGUCUAUCGGAGGCGGAGGGAACCACGGCGGAAGAAGCCCAAUUGUUGGAGGCUCCCGGUUCCACGGCCAAAGAAGUUGAUCAUCCACUCGAGAGCGGCAGCAUAGGCGACAGGGACAAAGCAAGUCGUAAUUUGAAGCUGGAUUUGGAGAUUUGUCGGAAACGAAGGAUUAGCGAGAGCACAUGUUGCAGUAAUAAGGGUAAAGUGCGCCGCAUCGAUUCGAUGGACAAAAUCGUCAGUCCCGUCAUACCUCAGCCAGGUGCUUGGAAACGCGGUCAUUGGCCUACGCUACCGGUAGGUGGACGAAAUCGUACCAGGACGCAGUCAUGCACCUCGAACAGUGAUGAGCCUCCGGCAAAACACGCCGCUCCCACCGAAUCAGAGGUAACUGCCGAGGAGGCUAAACCGCCAGUUCCGGCAAAGCAAAAAGACGAAUCGGAACAGCAAGAGACAGCGUCCAAAAGCGAACAGGGCAGUAAAACUAAGUCUCCUCAAAACGAAACAAAUUAUCAUUAUGGAAACUACGAUCGAUACUACGGGUAUCGAAACUUGAACGAAUUCAUCGAUGUUCGAUUGAAAGUAUUUCUGCGGAAUCCGUAUUUGUUUCGAGACAAGGACGUCUUGGAUAUCGGAUGCAAUGUUGGCCUAAUGACGAUUGCCGUUGCCAAAAUGCUGCACACGAAAAGCAUUACCGGCGUUGACAUCGACAGCAAACUUAUCGCCAAGGCUAGAAGAAAUCUGGCGGCCCAGGUGAGAAUCCCUCCGCCUGAUGAUCCUACGAUGAUUUCAGAUGCUAUUGUGCGAUUGGAUCAAGCCGCACAGAAUGAGCAGCAGACGCCCGGGGAGCAUUCCAAGAAUGCAGUCAAAAGAGGCAAACCACAUCCGCGUCGAAAAAUCAGCGGCGCUCGUCCAGGUCAAACGAAGCAUCAUCAGCAGCGGCAUCAGAGCAACGAAGCUAAAAAGGGCAUUUCACAAUUUUUCCCCAUCUCGUUCCCCCUGUCGCUUGGCAAUUGGGGCGCGAAAAAAUGUCAACUGGAUUUGAUUUCACCGGAUAAUACGUUCCCGAGUAAUGUCAUCUUCAAAACGAUGAACUAUGUUCUCAAGGAUGAGACUCUCAUCAAUUACGAUACCCAGCAGUACGAUCUUAUUUUGUGUCUAUCGGUGACCAAGUGGAUGCAUCUGAAUUUCGGAGACAACGGUUUGAAAACAGCUUUCAAGCGAAUGUUCAACCAUCUACGACCAGGCGGUAAAUUGAUUCUAGAGGCUCAAAACUGGGCAAGCUAUAAGAAAAAGAAGAAACUGACGGACACAAUUUUCGAAAAUUACAAGAACAUAGAAUUUUUCCCGAAUAGAUUUCAUGACUUUUUGCUGAGUCCUGAAGUGGGGUUCAGCCACAGCUACCCCUUAGGAAUUCCACGCCAUUUGAGUAAAGGAUUUCGACGACCUAUUCAGCUCUAUGUGAAGGGAGAUUUCACUCCCAGCCAGGCACAGUGGAGUGACACGUACCACCCGCAGACACCGUACGUGAAUCAUCACAACAUAUACACAGAUAUCGCGGCAACCACGACCCAGAACCACUGCAUGUGGGGUUCGACAACGCCCUACCAGCCAAGCUACAGCGUUCGCUGUACACCCUCACACACCUUCAUGGCCACUUCACCCUACUACAAUCCACGCCAGACGGACAGCUACCAGCCCAGCUACGACGGGGGCAAUCGGCGGGGCAGUUACUGCUUUGCGUCCCCACUCUACUCGACCACUUGGUCACCACCACCGGAUUUGUGUCACCAGAGGCGGUCGGCCUCAAACACGCCCAAUUCGGCAAGUUUUAGAAGCGCAGAAAAUGACGAUCACUACGCACAGCAGAGCCGCCACGUGUACCCUCCUAUGGAGGUGUUCCCGUUGGAGCCCGCGGUCCGGCUACCUGGUUCGGCCAGCGUUCGGCAAACCGAUUCCGACUCGGAACCCUCGUCGAAUUCGGCCUCUCAAACACCCACGCGAUCGCAAUUUGAUGUGGACCAAUCAUCGAACUCUCCCAGCACCACGCACUCACAACCGGACAAGUAGACGAACGGCGCUGUGUUUUUGGUCUUGAUUUCCAAUGUAGAUGUAUUUUUUUUUUCAUUCUGUGAUUGAACUAAGGUUUUGGAUUCGGUUUAUUAUCCAAAUUACCCAUACACUAUCUCAUUGCUGCGAAACACCUAGUCCGUUUGCUUUGCGAAGAAACCCGUUGUAUUGACUAAUGUUACAAAGGAUUAGUAGUUCUUUAGGACGACUACAAAUUACCUGUUUUUUUUUCUUCUUAGAUUUACUACUUAGAUUAGCUAUGAGACAUAGUCGAUGUAAAUAUUCAAUAAGAGAAUAUACAAUUUUGGCAAACAA